GUGCAAGGCCCCGUUGUCCGGCUCCGCCCCCCUAGGAUGGCCCCUCUGCCUCGGUCCUGCCGGUGUCGCCGUCCACCUGGGCCCCCUGGACGCCUCCGUGCUGCGAAACAGCGACUGUUACCUCUGCAUUAGAGGCACUCCGGGCGUCGAGCUCGCGCUCGUCUGGCGCCAGAAUUCGCGAAUUCACAGCCACACUGUGGCCGAAUUCACUGACCGGAAUUGCGAAGACAUCAUGUGCUCGAAUUUGCGCUCGGUGGCCGAUUUGGAACUGAUGUCGUAUGACGAUUACGACGGCGCUGAGUUGCCGGAGCUUUUGCAGAAUUUGUUGGUUUCGGUGGAGCAUGCUAUUGAGAGGGUGCCCUUGGAUGAUUUGACGUUUCCGUGUCCGCAGUGUCUUCAGUAUUUGCCGGUGGAGAGGCGGGAGGAUGAAGUGAUGGCGUGUGCUUGUCAGUGUGCUUGUAGAGAAAGUCCAGUGGUGGUUAAGAGGGAUUCGGCAAUGCAAACUAGUCCGAUGUUUGAAUUUGCGGGAUCGAUUCCGCAUAUUGAUAGCGAUGAGGAGGAGGAUAAGGAGUCCAUCAAAAGUGGAUCUUCGAACAGAAAGGUUGAAAUCUCCCGUCCAAAAAGGAUAACGGACCUUCCGGAGAAGCUCCUCAUGUCUGGGAUCAAUUUGCCAGGUACCGCAGAUAACGACGGAAGACCUAUUGUCCUGUGCUAUGCCGAGUGUGUGCUGAGGGCCGGACUCAACAAGUAUGAGAUUGCCAAGCUGCUGUUGUACUACUCGUCCAUUCCAACACUGGAAUCGGCCAGAAACGGCUUUACGAUCCUGCUUUUGGCCGAGAAUGAAAACAGCAGCAAAGUGCUGGAACUUCUGGAUAAGUCUGCAGCUCUGGUUGUCAAUACGAUGAAAAUUGACAGGCUCCUGGUGUGGAAACCGGGAAGUGAACAGGAUAGGAAUCAAGUCACUUCUAGUCGAAUCCCGGCCAUCGUAAUUUGCGACGAAGCAACUCUUUGCAAAUACCUCACCAAGGAGGAAACUCCUGCAAGUUGUGGCGGCUCCUGCAGCCAUGACCAACUCGAAUGGGUUGAAUUUUUCAAACAAGUUGAACCGUUUCUAACUUCCUGCAAAGCCGCAGGACGAAGUCUCCUCUCAGUUUUAACACAGUUGAGAAAUGAGGAUUUACCGCACCAGAUCACCAGGAGGUUCCUCAACCACCAGUGCAGGCAAAUUUCCAAGGCUCUGGACCUGGACCAGGUCAUGAAGCUGCGCAAGGAAGGUCCGAAAACGCUCGCAAAUUUGAAAGAACGUGCACAGUGGUUGAGUGGCAGCAAGGAUGUUAAAAGAAAUGUGAGUUUUUCGGAGGAGUCGUUCAAUUCGCUGGAACGUGUGAGCAAAAGGUUGGAGCAGCUGAGGCAGGAGAGGGUUGAGCGGUUGAAGGAGUUGGCGAAAUUCACGUCAUUGCGAGAGGAAGCAGACGAGCUCGUAUCAUGGUUUCGCAAAGCGGGCGAAGACAACAUCAGCAGUCUCACCACCAAACUAAAAUCAGCAGCUGACAUUCUCGCCGUCAAACAAGUGUCCGACGACUUUGAAAAAUUGGACUUUAUAGCGUGGAGACAGUUUGAAAAAUCCACUGAUUUGAUCGAAGAAUGCAAAAAUAUCAAAGACCCCAAAGAAUUGAAUCUGAAGGAAACCACUGGCAAUCGACACUUCCGGGACAAAUACCAGACUUUGAAGGAAUCAGCUGCCAGUCUUUUGGCACAGAUGAAGGCUUUUAGGGAACGUUUGGAGGACACCAAGGAACGUUUGGAGGAGUGUAAUAGGUGUUUUAUGCUCCUGGACUCUGAAAAUGAGCAGAAGGAUGUGGAGGAAUUUGUUAAAAUGGCUGAGAGGUCCUCCAAUGAGAAACUUCUCCAAAAAUGCAAAGCUUUCAAAAGAAAGGACACCUCCCUUCCGUCCAAACCCCCCGAUCGGCCCCCCAGCGACCCCCCAACGGCCACCAGCACCCCCAUAAAAACCCCCAAUACUCAAAUCCGUCGCCGAUCAGUCAGUUCUUUGGCCUUCAUCUACCACUGCAACCACCAUGCAGCUGGCGAACUGUGCAACUGCUGCGAAUCCGACACCGAAAAUUCCGUCUCGUACAAACUGAAGAAAAAGUACAUCCAAACCCUCCAAACGUGCGUCUGCAAAGACACUCUCGAGCGCAAAAACAGCGCCACUUUGGACGAAAUCAAGGAGGAAAGCGUGGAAAAUCUCCUUGAUCAUCGGUGUGAUAGUGGACUUUCGACGGCGGAUAAUUCCGUCGGAGAGGAGAGUGUGUGUAAUAAUAACAGCAAGAAGAAAGUGCAAAGGACUUGUUCGUGCCAGUUUUCCGGGUGCAGUGCGGGUAGUUCGAGUGUUGGGUCGAAUCAGGACAAUACGGAGAACCAGCAGGAUAGCAUAAUUGAAGAGGAUGGGUUUAAUAAGAGUAGUAGUGAAGAUAUUGAAGAAGAAAAUUAUGGGGAUGAAGAAAGAAGAAAAGUGCCCCCGAUUCCAGCCAAUAACCACUUGUAUUGCCAUGCGUCCAGUUUGGACUUGCCUUCGGAUGCGCUUUACAGUAACAUGGAUCCAAAGACUCAAAAGACGUUAACUUUUAUCAUUAAGGAAAUGAUCGAGACUGAACGCGACUACGUCAAGUCCCUGGACUACAUAAUCGUCAAUUACAUCCCUGAACUGAUGCGUGAAGACAUUCCUCAAGCUUUACGCGGCCAAAGAAACAUCAUUUUCGGAAACGUUGAAAAAAUCUACGAAUUUCACAGCCAACACUUCCUUCACGAGCUGGAAGGAUGCGAAAGCAACCCCUUACAAGUUGGCCAAAUUUUCCUCAAACACGACAAAAAAUUCUACUUGUAUGCCCUUUACAACAAAAAUAAACCCAAAUCGGACUCGCUAAUGUCCGAAUAUGGCUCACUUUUCUUCAAGAGCAAGCAAUUGGAGCUUAAGGACCGUAUGGACUUGGCCAGUUAUUUACUUAAGCCGGUGCAAAGGAUGGGCAAAUAUGCCCUACUUUUGCAACAAAUGAUGAAAGCUUGUGUUGGUCCUUCAAUGGAACGGUUACAAGAAUUGGAAGAUUUGAAGCAAGCUGAAGAAAUGGUUAGGUUUAAGUUGAGGCAUGGGAAUGACUUGCUUGCCAUGGAUUCGAUUAGAGAAUGCGAUGUGAAUCUCAAGGAGCAAGGAAGUCUCCUGCGCCAAAACGAAUUCCUAGUGUGGGAAGGUCGUAACGGGAAAAAAUCGCUCAGACAAGUGUUUCUUUUUGAAGAGUUGAUUCUGUUUAGUAAAGCUAGAAGGUUCCCGGAUCGUAAGAACCUCGAUUUGUAUAUUUAUAAGAAUAGUAUAAAAAUGACUGAUAUUGGAUUGACGGCGAAAAUUGGAGACAGUUCGACGAAAUUUGAAAUUUGGUUUAGGAAAAGGAAACCGAAUGAUACGUUUACACUUCAGGCCAUGUCUGAGGAUGUUAAGAAGGCUUGGACUGAGGAGUUGUCGCAGCUUUUGUGGAAGCAGGCCAUUAAAAAUAGAGCCGUCCGAAUGGCCGAAAUGUCCUCAAUGGGCAUCGGCAACAAGCCCUGCCUUGACAUCCGCCCCAGCGCCGACCAAAUCAGCGACCGUUCAAUCAGCGUCGACCAGCUCAGCAGAAUAAUAACCCGCCCAUCAAGCCCCAUUCGACUAAUGGAAUGCGCUUGCUUGCGCUGUUGUAGCGACCUUAACGCUUACAUGCACCUCCCCUCCGACCUAAUGCAUGCCGCUCCAAGAUUCAGAAAUUCGAUCGUUGGUCCGGUGAUUGAAUCGUGCAGAAAUGCCAAACGACCACAUUCGGUUAUUUCGAUGUCGUCGAGUGUUUCUUCAGGAAGCACUAGCUCAGCGAAUAGUGGAGGACAGAAUAAUUCGAUGAAUCUCGGCUUCGAAUCGGCUUGUGAUAGCCCCAAGCCCUACCAUAGAUCUGCCACGCUCAAUAGCCAAUGUUCCACAGAGAGUGGGAUUAUAGCGGACAUGUCGAUGGGAUCGGACGAGUGCUCCGAGCAGCCCCACGCUGGCCUUUAGACGAAUCAAAUUUCGAGUUAGGGAAUUUUGGCUGUUUUAAGUCAACACACACCAUGUGCCAGAUUAUAUACCAGUUAGCUUUAAGUUAAGAUAUAUUUUGAUUAUAUGAAGUUAUUUAAGCACAGUUUUAUGUCAUAGAAUGUAUGAUUGUUAUAUGGCAUUGAAACACUAAUGUAUAUAUUUUUAAGAUUUAUCUUUAUUUAUAUCAAAUAACAAAUCCUAUCAUUGAAAUAAAAAAAUUCGUUGUGUACUUUGUACUUAAAUUUUAACAUUUUUGUGCACAAUUUUAUUUAGAACACAACACUCACCAUAGUAUCAGGGAUUUUUCAGCCGCUUUUAUAGUGUACUUUAACGACUUAUGUACUAAUUACGAAGAAAUUGCAGCAACACUAACUUUAUGAUAGGGAAUAUGUAUAGUCAGUACAUAUGCAUGUAUGAUUUUUAUAUUAAAAUUGUAGUCAUAACUAUAUAAUAAAUAUGUAUAAAAGC